AUGAAUUGCAAGAUGUUCAGAACAGCCUUGGUGCUUGUUUUAACAGGUAUCCUACCGCCAGGGCCGCUGAGCGGAGCUGUGGGAGGCUCGGUGAAGUUCACCACCACCCUUAGCCCUCCGGCGAGGCCCUUCGCCUCCGUCAGUUGGAACUUCAAAAGGGUGAACAUCAUCACCUCCUCCAGCACCAACGUGACUGAACCCGGGCACACAAACAGGAUCACGCUGGACAGAUCCACCGGGUCUCUAGAGCUCCGCAACCUGGUGCUGUCGGACAGCGGGGAGUACAGUGUCAGUAUCAUACCAAACGCCGGCUCUCAGAUGCAGGGAGCGAUCAUCCUGAACGUGUACGUACGGAAACCCAUACCUGACAUCUGUCAUCCCACAGCACUGAUAGCCGGGGCCGCCAUCACCAGCCCCAAAGCCACCCUGAUUGAAGAUAAAAGCUCCACCAACCUAACCUGCGAUGCCUCUAGCACCAUCCAAGCCAGACAGUGGAUGCUGCAGGGUCGGCCUCUCCGUCCCAGCAAGAGAGUCACCUUCUCCAUGGACAACAGGACAGUCUUCAUAGACCCUGUUAGCAGCGCCGACCACGGCAGAUACCAGUGUCGGGUCAGCAACCCAGUCAGCACCAAGACUGCAGCGUAUAAUCUCACCGUCAACUUUGGACCACAUAACGUUUCAAUAACGGGACCACCGGCAGCCUCACCCGGCCAGAGAGUGGCGCUGCGAUGCACUGCAGACUCCGUCCCGCCUGCGACCUUUAACUGGAUGUUCAACGGCAACGAGACGCGUGUCAACACGUCUUUGUACAUCAUUGAGAGGAUGGAGCUGGUGGAUAUGGGGAAUUACACCUGCACAGCCAGCAAUAACGUGACCAGGCUGGAAAAAUCCACAGUCCUGCGCGUCAGGGCAUCCUGUACCGCCCCCAGCUGGUCAUUUUCGGUAUUGGUGAUCGGUGCACUGAUGGUGGGGGAGAUGUUUUUGGUGUAG